UUCAGGUUUCCGGAACAAACGUUUGAUGCGUACACCGCUUGAUUCCAACAACAAAACACGAGUUGAAAGAUUCGCUUUUUCAUUGUUUGAAUGUGAUCGGAUUUCCGUCCUUUUUUGGUCAUAAAGCAGUUCUAAUAACAAAACAACAAGUGAUCGUUAAUUGUGCGUUCAUUUAAAAGUAAAAUUCCCAUAUUUGAUUCAUCAUCGGAGGAAGCAGCAUUGCAGAAAAAAAAAGUGCGACAGCGAAAACACAGAUCUAACUUGGCUGCUGGAAUUUAAUCAGUCGUGACGAUAAGCGUCUACUUCAGUAAAUUUCGAAUCAACCGAACGUAAAGCAUCUUUGCCGUAAAAGCAUUCCGCGGAAUUUCCGCCUAUGGUCAAGCAGUUUAAUUGAAGAAGAUUUUGAAUACAAAGAAAACGAAAUAAAAUAAAAUAUAGAAAAAAAUGUGGCCAAAAGCAGCAAGUUUACUUUUAAUUGUCUUGUUAUCAAGUUCGUUGACAAAUGGCAUACGACGAAAAUCAAAAAUAGAUUUGCCAAUAGCAAAUGCAGCCGAUGCACCGCCAAGUGAUAAUAUUGCGCUUGCCACAUCAAAUGAUGCAACAACCAUUAUCUCAAUGCUUGAUGAACAACCAUCAGCUCAAGCACUAUCAAAUACAGAGAAACCAGCUAGUGCGGCGGCAAUCGCAUCAUUACCAUCCCAAAUGAGCGGCGGACAAUCAAACAGUUUGCCAUCACCAUCUGCUGUAUCAUCAUCAUUAGCUGAUAAUUCAGUAUCAAGUGGUGAAAAUGAGGCUGUCGAAUGUGAUCCCGAUAUGAUUGGAUUUGAAAUUAUAACUGGUUAUGUUUUUUCGGCUCCCGAACAACUGCUGGAAUCGAUGCCCGGAACUCUUAUGUUAACUGAUUGCUUGGAAGCUUGUCAAGCCAAUGAAUCGUGCGGUGCUGUAAACUAUGAAACUGGAUUGUGUGUACUAUUCUCAUCGAACGCUGAUAAAUUACCAGGUGCAUUAACUAAAUCACAAUUCCCCGUAUUCACCAUUUAUGCACAAAAGUCAUGUUUAAGCGUUCGACCAUGUUCGCGUGCUUGGUGCAUUGAUCGCGUACAAAACUUCAAGUUGAACGGUUUUACAAAACGCAGUACAACGGCACAUUCUCGACAGGAUUGCUUUGAAAUGUGUUUGGGCGAAAAUGAAUUCACAUGCAGAUCGGCAAAUUAUCAUCAUGCGACGGGCGCUUGUGACCUAUCUGAAAUGGAUCGCAUUACAUUGGCUGCAACUUCUUCAUUCCAACCAACUGAUGGUGUCGAUUAUUUGGAAAAUAACUGUGCCGAAGAACCAAAUAAAUUGUGCGAAUUCAAACGUUUGUCCGGUCGAAUUUUGAAAACUGUUGACUCAGUAUACCAAGAUGUAUCGAAUGUUGAUGAAUGUCGUGAAUUGUGCCUGAACUCGCCAUACAGAUGCCACUCAUAUGACUAUGGUGAUACCGGUGACAUGGUCUGCCGUCUUAGCCACCACAGUCGCGCUACAUUGGCAGAUAUUCAGGAACCAUAUUUAGAUGUACCAGAAGCCGCCACAUAUGAAUUAUCAUCAUGUUAUAAUGUAACGAUUGAAUGCCGUGCCGGUGAUAUGUUGGCAAAGAUUCGUACAUCAAAAUUGUUCGAUGGAAAGGUAUACGCAAAAGGAGCACCAAAAUCGUGUGCCGUCGAUGUUAAGAAUUCACUUGAGUUUGAAUUGCAAAUGCCAUAUCAAGACAUUGAAUGCAAUGUACGACAAAAUGGAUUAGGUCGAUACAUGAAUGACGUUGUUAUUCAGCAUCAUGACACGAUUGUAACAUCAUCUGACUUGGGCUUAGCCGUUACCUGUCAAUACGAUUUGACAAACAAAACGGUUUCGAAUGAAGUCGAUUUGGGAAUAACGGGCGACAUCGAACCAGCAUUGUCAGAGGAAGUGAUUGUCGAUUCACCAAAUGUUGCCAUGAAGAUUACGGCACGCGAUGGCGCCGAUGUUAUGAGAUCGGCUGAAGUUGGUGAUCCAUUGACAUUGCACUUUGAAAUUUUGGACAAAAAUUCACCAUACGAAAUGCUUGUACGAGAAUUGGUCGCCAUGGAUGGCAGUGAUAAUGCUGAAAUUACAUUGAUUGAUGCACGUGGUUGUCCAACCGAUCACUUUAUCAUGGGACCCAUUUACAAGAGCUCCGAAUCGGGUAAAAUUCUUCUAUCGCAAUUCGAUGCAUUCAAAUUUCCAUCGUCUGAAGUGGUACAAUUCCGUGCAUUGGUUACACCAUGCAUGCCAACAUGCGAACCCGUUCAAUGCGACCAAGAAGAUUUAAGCGGUGGCCUUCGAUCGAUCAUUUCAUAUGGUAGAAAACGGCGUUCCAUCAAUGUGACAGAAUCUCGUUUCACGCGUGAAACAAAAACACCAAGCCGUGAAGACAUGUUAUUAGUGCAAUCCAUUCAAAUCACUGACAAAUUCGGUUUCGAUAAGCAAACAUCACUUGAAAAAUCACGAUCAUCUAGCGAAACUGUAUUCGUUUCAACCGAUCCGGCUGCAUUCUGUGUUAAUGGCUUAGGUAUCAUUGUGGCCGGUACAGUGUUUUUGUUAGCUCAAUUGGCAGUCAUCGCCAUUUGGACGUACUUGUAUCAACGACGCCGAAAGAUGCGUUCCAUUGAUAGCUGUUCAUCAUCGUACGGCCCAUCAUUGCAAACAUCAACGUUGCCCGGCAGCCGAACAGAUUCGCUUAGCAAACUAUAUGAUUAUGAACAUACGUUGGGAAGUCGACAUGGACACUUUUAAUUCAGACACAUCAAAAUUCCAUCAUCGAACAUAAGUUUUAAAUUUGAUUAGAACACAAAUACAUACACACAAACACAUUUAUACCGACACAACAAUAAAAUCAAAUCAAUGCGAGAAAAAUGUUGGCUGAGAAAAAAAAGUAACCAACAUAACACCCAAUGUAAUGUAUCGAAACACACACACAUAAUUCAUCGUAGAAUAACAAAUUAUUAUUGGAUUCUUUUCAACAUUUCAUUAUUUUUGUUAGUAUUUAAAUUGUCAACACUCGCAAUUAAUGCAACCACUUAUUGCUUACUAUGCAAUUCAAUUGAUUCUAUAUUAUUUUUUACUUUAGAGCAUAGAAGUAAAAUUCUUGGUGUUUUUUUUUUCUUUCUUUCUUGAAGAAUUAUUAUUAUUAUUCAAACCAAUCGACAAGAGAGAAAAAAAUUGAUCAGACUCAAUUAUGGAAAUGAAAACUAUUUAUAGAUUAUUAAUAUUUGAAAUUAAUUAAAUCAUAAUAGUUUAGUGCAUAAAACAUAUUGAAAAAAAAGAAGAAGCGUGAGCCGAUUGCAUGAUACAAGUCUCGAGCAACAUUUUUUUGAGUUCAAUCCACUCGGCGCAGAUUUUCUUAAGUAGAGAAGAUAUGCUAGAGCCUUUCUGUAUUUUAUUUUCAGCACUGUCGAUGGAAAAAGUCUGACCAGAUGUAAGGCACAAAACAUUAUUAAAUUAUUACUCAUCUCACAUAAAAACACAUACACGUACACAACAAAAGCACACCAUUAAUACAAAUCUACGUAAUUAACAGUGAAACUAAAAUAACGAACGAACAAAAAAAUAUGCUACAAAUCAAUCAUACAGCAAAUUUAAGACAGACUAAAAAUGCUGUGCCACUCUUCCAUAGUCAAUUUUUUAGAGAAUGAAAAAAACCAAUUCAUAUCCACUAUGCAUAAAAAUUGCACAAAUUUUAAGCUUUUAUCAUAUAAACAGGCACACAAACACACACACAUUGAACACUCAGUAUAAACAUUUAUUUAAAUUAACAAAUGACAUAUAGACGAUAAGAAUCACUACAAAACAUUUAAAAUAUAGAAUGAAACAAAUUGUAUUUCAUCAAUGUUCAAGAGGCCGCAACAUUCUUUUAAAACACAAACAAAAUUAUUCAUCAUCAUUUAGUUUCGGUUUUAAUAAAUGUUUCGUUGAAAGAUGCACGCAAAAACAAACAAAUAACAAGCAAUUAAACAAACUCAUUGAAAUUAAAUAUGAUAUUAUCAAAAUGUUCGCGUCACCACAUUCAAUCAAUUUUAUUAGAAUACGAUGGCAUGAAAUACAGUAAAACCGGCAAUUUAAUAAUGGGCACAAUUUUAACACUACAUAUAUUUUGUGUUUUCUAAGAAAUAAAGAGGGCGAGCGAAAAAGAAGAAAAGAAGGAAGAAGAAAAAAAAUAUUCAAAAUGAAAUUAAAGUGGACACCUAUGUUUUUUUUUUUUGUAAAAGGAGACCGGAAUGUGAGUGAGUGGCACGAACAUAUAAGAGAAACGAAGAAUGAAAGAA